AUGUUCUUUGUGGCAAGGCGGCUCCCGACUAUGAUGCUUUUUGAAGAGGACAAUGGGCCAAAGAAAGCCCCGCGGCCAAGCAAACCUACGGAAGAGGCGGAUCAGGAGCGUGGACGCAUUGAGGAGUUCCGUCGAAAGAUGGCGAAGCAGGUGGAGCAGAUUGCUGAAAAGGCGCGUGAGGCACCCAGGCAAUUCUCCGAUGUGUCGCCGACGAUGUCUUGGGACAAGGUGUCUCCGCGCCAGAAGCCGGCGAUGCCGAAACGUAAGGCUGGGCUGCGGAGCAAAGAAUCGGAACCUGCGGAGGUCUCCUCCCCGACGGUCAAGUCUGUGGACAGCAUGUGGAGCACGGAGAGCAUGCAGAAGGUUGCCUCCGAUAUGGUCACGAUCGCUGAAGAGGUGACUUCUGGCGUGGCCUCCUUCGGAGGCUUCAGCAGCUGGUGGAGCGUCCCAAGGCCAAUCAUAGAAGAGGUGAAGCCAACUCCGGCGAAUUGCCCGAGGUGCGCUGGAGCUAUGCCCAAGUGCGUUGGGGCCAACUUCUGCCCUCACUGCACCUUCCACAUCACCUGA